GCUUGUGCUCUUUGGUGGGGCAAUAGCUUUUGCUUUGCCUGUGAAACAUGAAAAAGACAAGAUGCUUCUUAUGCAGAGGUACCUAGAAAAAUAUUACAACUUUACAUCAAAUGGGCAACAAGUCUUUAAAAGCAGAAUCAGCAGCCCCAUGGCAAAAAAGAUCAGAGAAAUGCAAAGAUUUAUUGGAUUAGAGGUGACAGGUGAUAUAGACUCCAAUACACUGCAGGCCAUUCAAAAACCCAGAUGUGGAAACCCAGAUGUGGGCCAAUUUGCCUUCUUUCCAAAUCAACCCAAGUGGCAGAAGAAACAUUUAAUCUACAGGAUACUGAACUACACACCAGAUAUGGAAAGAGGCAGCAUUGACGAAAUCAUCGACAAAGCUCUUAAAGUUUGGAGCCAAGUUACGCCUUUGACAUUCGAGAAAGUUCUACAUGGCAAUGCAGACAUAUAUAUCUCUUUCCAGUCUAGAGCUCAUGGAGAUUUCUAUCCUUUUGAUGGACCUGGUGGAACACUUGCCCAUGCUUACGCUCCUGGUCCUGACUUUGGAGGAGAUGCCCAUUUUGAUGAAGAUGAAUUCUGGAGCUCUGGUGUAGAAGGUAUCAAUUUAUUUUAUACUGCUGUUCAUGAGUUUGGCCAUUCCCUUGGACUCUUCCAUUCUCAACAUCCUGAUGCGGUGAUGAAUCCAAUGUAUAAGACGCCCAUGGCAAAUCAACCGAUUCUAUCUCAGGAUGAUAUUGCUGGCAUCCAGUAUCUUUAUGGAGCAUCAUCAAAUCCACCUCAAGACGAUGAACCAAGAAAACCCAACAGCGAAGACAAACCAGCAUUACCUUCUGCUUGCAAUCCUGGCUUGACAUUUGAUGCUGUGACCACUUUUCGGGGAGAAAUAAUGUUUUUCUGGAAUAAGCAACCAGUUCUGGGUCGUGAAAGGAGAUUAUUUGCUUCCUGGGUACCCCAAGUCCAUCCACAGUCUGGGCUUUCCCAAAGAAGUCGCAAAAAUUGAUGCUGCAGUUUUCAGUGCCAAUGAAAAGAAGACAUAUUAUUUUUCUUCAGACAGAUACUGGAGUUACGAUGAAAACAGCAAAACCAUGAACAGGAGUCCCCAAAGGAUCCAAAAUGGCUUCCCAGGUAUCUCAGGCAAGAUUGAUGCCGUCUUCCACUACAAUGAUGCAUUGUACUUCUUUAAGGGAAGAAAUCAAUAUGAGUUUGAUCUUAACACCAGAAGAGUUACUCGGAUACUAAAGGCCAACAGCUGGUUUUCAUGCUGA